AUGAAAGAAGACGCAGAAGAAGAGGCAGAAGAAGCGCAAACGAGCCCAUUGGAACCUCUCAAAAUGCCGCGAGGAACCGAAAGUAAGGCUUCAGAGUCACAGCUCGAGAACUUUCUUGCAGCAAUGGUUGGGCAAAUGCAGAUUCAACAUGAAGAAAUGAAAACGCUGCUCACCGCCUUGGCACCCACGCAGAGAACCACCGUCCAGGACGUCAGCAAGGAUCAAUACGACCAGCUGAGGGAGGACGUGCAAAUGCUCGUGUCCGACGAAGAGGUGGGUCACACUUUCGCUUAUUGGUACAAGAGGUACGGCCCGGUCAUCAGGGACUCGGUCUUGCUGGAUAGCAAGAAGCGCGAUUUGAUCCUCAUGAAGCUGAACGAGGAUGCAUAUCGCAAAUAUGCGGAUGACAUGCUACCGAAACAACCGCACGAGAUCGAUUUCGAGAUGACGGUCGCGGAGCUGGAGAUGCUUUUCGCGUCAAAGAAGACGCUGAUUCGACGACGGUACGAGUGUCUCAGGAUAAACUGCCCGACGACGGCCAGUUAUGUGCCAUUCCACGACUACGCUAACAUGGUCAAGCGGGUGGACGAAGACGCUUGA